AGUAUACAAAAGUUGUAUAGGUAAAACAAACUGUGAUCCUGCCUUCAAUGCUCUUGAGUGAGAACUUGUACCAGAAUGGAUUCUGUAUUAGCUGAAUAUGAAGCUUCUCUUGCUGAAUUAACAUUCAACAGCAAACCUCAUAUAAAUAUGCUGACAGUGCUUGCAGAGGAAAAUGUAAACCAUGCUUCAGACAUUGCACUUAUCAUAAAGUCUCAGCUCUACCAGGUUCCUCUUAAAAGAAAACUGCCCGUCCUGUAUUUGAUGGAUUCAAUCGUCAAAAACUUUGGAGGACGAUAUCGGAAGCUCUUUAGCCACAGUUUGGUGGAGAUUUUUUUGAAUGUAUUUGAAAAGGCCGACGGAAAAACCCGUGGUGACUUAUACAAACUGAGGUCAACAUGGGACACCACGUUUCCACCACAAGUUUUGAAGGAGCUCGAUAUAGCAGUUCGUGGAGUUGACCAUAACUGGCCAAUGAGAUCCAAAAAGCAUUCGCGAUCCAAAAACCCUCUUGGUCUUGGCCACAACUCUAGUUUUGAUAAAGUAUCUGAUGAUGAAUUGAAAUAUGGAGAGUCUUCUCGGCGUCUCAGUGAAGCAGAUCAAUCCACAGAAGUUGAGGAGUUGGUGGAAGAGGAAGAGAUUGAAAUGGAUGAUGAGAGCUUGGGUGUGCUUGAAAUGUUGGAAGAGAAGUUGCGGAAACGACAAGCAGAGUUGACAAGGCUUGAGUAUUUAGAUGCAGGAACAACAAGUCCUGAUGUUUACCAACCACCAGCUGAAGAACCCGAAGAUUUAGGAGCUGCAGACCAGGACGAUGGUUUAAAGAUUGAUCUUGAUGAAUUCCCUAUUAUCCCAAUGGAUGAUCUAAAAGAAGCCCCGGAAGAAAACGUCAAAAAAGAUGAAACCAGAAAAGCAUCGAUCAGCGAGGACGAAGAUUUAGCUCCUGUUAGCCACUGGAUGGCACACUCAAGCAGUUUUGAACCGAAGAAACGAACAUUAGAUGAUCUUGACCGCAUCACCAGAGGAAGAGUCAUCUCACAUUUCACCGAGGAUGCCACGAAAAUUCCAGUUGAUACAAAACAAGAGGUUGAACCACCAGUUGUAAAUUCUAAACCACAAGUCAAAAUGCAAGAAGUUUGUGUACAAACAGAAGAAAAGAUAAAUGUGGAUGCAUCAGUGCAAAACACACUGGAAUGCAAGGAUGAAAGCACACAAUACAGAUUUCGUCGGAAGACAAAAAACUUCAUGUCUCAAUACAAGGUUCCUACCAAGACCAUAGGUACUUACUUCAAGGUGAAAACGAAGGACUCAGCUUCCCAGUAUGAACCUCCAUUACCCAUUCAAGAUACUGCUGCAGAUAGCACGUGCUUGCCUUUGGAUGAUGAGCCUUUAGUAAAAGAUGAACAGUGCAGAUCGAAAUUGUCAAGAAAACAUCAUGCGCUCAUGGUGCUGCAAUCACUAAGCAGGCAACAAGACUUGGGAAUGUUGUGUGACAUUACAUUGGCUGCCCAAGGUGAACUGUUCAAGGCACACAAAGUUAUCUUGGCUGCAUGCAGUGAUUUUUUCCAUACCUUGUUUGCUUCUGAAGAAAUUAGACAGACUCCACUAAGCUAUAUUGAACUCCAGGGAAUAACAGCUUCUGCACUGAGGUUGGUCCUUGAUUACAUUUACACCUCUGAAGUUUCUGUUGGGGACAGUAUAAAGAACACCCAGGAGAUCAUCACUGCUGCUAAGAGACUUAAAAUUAACAGUUUACUUCCAGCAUGUAAUGCCCUUGAACAGGCUUUGCUUUCUGACCAAGAUUUGUCAGGUUUGGUCAUAUCAAACACAGAGUUAGUUUUUCCCAAUUCGAAGAUAAAUUACGGAAACUCUGGCUCUUUUAUGCACUCUAGUGAUGAGACAUCUUCUUUAGAAUUUGUGCAGAAACCACAUAUUAAGAGAGAACAUGGGAUCUAUGAUGAUACAGACAGCCCAGUUUCUCCAGAAUUGAAACCAAUCAUAAACGAAACAUAUGAAGCUCCCAACUCUCUAAAGCACAAACUUUCUGAAACUAAAGUUAAAGAAAAAGCGGUGAAGCGGAAAGAGAGAAGUCAGUCAUGCGUAGAGGUUUCCACGACAGUGAAAAGAAGGAAAUCGGAAGAUACUGUAAAACCUUAUUCCUGCAAUUCGUGCCACAAAACCUUCUGGAAAGAGAAAUCCUUGCACUCACAUCGAGCCAAAUCUCAUCCAAAUCUUACUCUUGGCCAAGUCACCAAAGCUCUAUCAACACUUGCAAAUGAAGUAAAACCAGAUGCUAACAAUCCAAGAUGUCCACAUUGCAAACUCUAUUUCAAAAACAGUGGUGCUCUUUCAACGCAUAUAAAAUGGAACCACGAAGACUGCCAAAGUUCCUCUUCCAAGAACAGUGAUGAUCAUUCUGGAUCCAGGUCGUCACCCACACAGCAAAAAGACAAACAGUACAGUGAUAAUGACAAUAAAGACUUAACUCGCAAACCGAACCGCAUUGGUGUUCAUAACCCAGUACACCCAAAGCCUAAACUGGAGAAAACCAAGUCCAAGUCGGAGAAGCUCAAAGUAGAAGCUACAAACGACAAAGGAAGACAGGACCUAAAAUCACUGCCAGUAACAACAGAGACAGAGGACUCAACAGUUCGGCCGCGUUUGUAUCAGUGUGAACUUUGUGAAGAGAUAUUUUCAGUACAGUGCUUUUUUAAAGCCCACAUGGCCAGUCAUAAACGUGCCGCUGAAAAUGGCGGUGAAAGGUGAAGUAUUCUUUAUUUGUGUAUUCGGUCUUGAUUAAUAGUACAAAACAGAAAAUAUAUUGGGUAAUAAAUACGUUUUUUAAACAAAAUAACUACAUUGGAUUAAAAGUAUAAUAUUUUGGUGUUUUUAAAGGAACUAACGUUGCCAUAGUGUUCCACAAUUUGAUAUUUUUAUAGUUUGAUCCAUCUCACUAAAUCACUAUUAUCAAUUUAACUCACCGAAUAUUUUACUGAAGACGCACCUGAAUCUAAAUGGGCGAAAUUUUUUCUAUCAAAAUUAUGUUUUAUACAUUUUUCCAAGUUUCUUGUCGUAUUUUGCAUUUGUUUGUCCAAUUUUUCUGAAAUUUUCAUGGAUCUGGCAUAACUGUUUGUACAGCAUUGUCAAAUUUUCCUAUGAUCUAUAUUGAUGUGUCAACAUUUUCCAGGCUAAUCGCUUUGAGAAAAUUACUGGCAUGUCAACUUUAACUUCCCUGACAAUAGAUCACGUGCUUUAUGAUAAGCAAGUUGCUUACCGCACUGUGUUGUUGUUGCGGCGUGUUUUUAUACAUGGAAUAAUCCAUUACUUGUGUAUUUUACUUUAACAUAUUGAAUUAUAGACAGAAGUUGUUUUGGGCUAGCUGCUUACGUCUACAGCUUUAAAAACAUAGAAUCACGGUAUGAAAAGAAAGAAGAAACAAUUAAAACAACAGUAAUUAAUAAAUACAGUUUUAAUUUGAAUAGGAACCAAAUAUAAAAGCGUAAAUUACUAAAUUAGCUAACAAAAACACGGUUUUCGUUGCAUAUAUAAUGUCCCCAGUUUAAUGAUAUGCUUUAGCGCCACCAGCGUACACCGGGAAAUACGAUAUUUUCAAAUCGAGAGAGCAACGGUCGAUUUUGAUUGUCCCAAGUUUGUUUGCAUAUAGCGUUUAUAUCUAAUCUUGUUUAGGCGUUCGCACAUUCCUUCUAAAUCUGAUUAUACUUCGCCUUAUCUUUAAAAUUAAGGAUGCCACAUAUAAGUAGUAUUAGAAACAUUGGAAGUUGUAAUAACAGAUUUAAAGGUGAAGAAGAUAAAAAGCGCUUUGUUAUUUAUAUCUCUAUUAUAAAUAUCCGUCCUCAUUAUUUCAGUGUUGUGUUAGUAUACCGAUGUUGCCUAUUUAGUUAUUUAACUGCCAAAAUGAUUUCACCGGUCAAGACGUCCAUACCAUUACCAGAGCAGCAUUUUUAUGACCCUGACCACAAUGUUAUAAAGUUAAAGUAUGAAAAAUGGGAAGAAUUCACCGAGCUUAUAGUUAGUCAUCUGACCAGGCUUCUUGAUCUGCCUGGUGACCAAUUGGAGACAUUGAGAGGUGAUUGUGAGUCUGUGUUAAAAGAUUCAGGAAACAAACUUCAUCUCAGUGCAAAGAAGUCCUGGAAUCCUCUGAAGAAAAAGGACAGUAAGUAUUCUGCCCUUAGCUCCAGUUUGACAGAUGAAAGUCUGUCACAAAUCCAGCAACUGACAGAUUUUCUUGGUAAGCACCUUACUGUAGAAGGUUUGUUUCGUAAACCUGGUAAUUCUAUUCGCCAGAACCAAUUGGUUACAGCAUUGUCAACAGGAGUGUAUAUUGACUUUGAUAAAAGUCAGUUUCAGGCCCAUGAUGUUGCCUGUGUUUUAAAAACCUAUCUAGGCCAACUGUCAGAACCUUUACUGUUACCAUCAAAACACUUCAAUGCUCAUGUUCAAAUUGCAAACAUGAUGCAGCAAGAUGAUAAUGGAGAAGAAGUUCCAAACAAAGGAAAACGAAUUGAAACUUUACAACUGUUGCUACUGCUGUUGCCAACAGCACACCGCAAAGUUCUAAGAGGAAUUCUCAACCUGCUGUAUCAAACUGCAAGACAUCAAAGUGAAAACAAAAUGAAUGCUGCAAAUCUGGCAGCCAUGUUUACACCACACUUGAUCUGGCCCCGCCAUGUUAAAGCUUCAGACAUACACGAGAGUGUUGCAAAGUUGAACAAUCAUGUAGCAUUCCUUAUCAGGCAUUCACAAAAAAUCCUGAUUGCUCCAUUUUACAUCAGAGAAGCUGCUAAUGUAUAUUUCCCAGAGACCAAAACACAAUUUCUCUCUCCUAAAGUAAGCACAACCUUCUUGGUUGCUCCUUCAAGUGCUAUUAAACGUACUGCAAGUGAACGACUUCAAUACACUGACAAAGCUAAAGCAGAGACAGAAAAUGCGAUGAGUAACUUGUACGACCAGGUAUCCUUGAUGCCCAACUCUGCUAAGAAGAAAAAGAUUGUAAAGAACUUCACUAAACACCAGGAGGUUAUAAAAUACAACAGCAAAAACAGGAAACGGCACCGCACACUGAGUGGGAUGCUGAGAAGAAAGAACCUUAUCGCAUCAACUGUAAAGCCUCGUCCGAAAGAUUCUUACCACAGCUUCCCGCAACCUGAAGAGGAAAUGCCAAAUCUGUCACAGCUUGGUUUGAAACUUCCUAAACCUGACUUGUUAAAUGAUUGUAAUGCGGAAACUAGGUCACUUAAUGCGGAUGUCAAAUUUUCAUGCACAAGCAAGACAAGCCAUGCUAGUCUUCCUGGAAACAUACAAAACAAAGUCGAAAUUCGUUCGCCCAGGUUAACAGCAUUAUCAAAGCAAUUUCGUCUGCGUCAGACCAAAAAAGCCUUCUCUCCAUCUCUGGCAAGUAAGGAAAACCAGCCACACAAGUCACCCAUGAAGUAUGCAAAGGUUUCUACUGUAUAAAGUGCAAGUGCUGCAUCAAUAAUUCUGCCACUGAUUAAAACCUGUGCUUGAAAAUAGGAGUAAUGUCGAUUGGUGUUUUGCUGCUAAUAUAUAUAGCUGUGUAGUGCAAAUCUUUUACCCCUUUCUUUCUUUUAACUUUUCUGUGCAACUUGGGAUAACUGUGUUAAACCAGAGCAUCAAAAAAUAAAUGAAUUAUUUAUG